CCGGGAAGGGGUUGGCUUCCCAUAACAGUCCUUCAGGUUUUGAUUAAUGUGCUAAUACUAUAGUUCAUAUUUCAUAGACAUUCUAGAACGGUAGAGAUGAUGAUCCGAAGUGUCCUUGUAACUGGAUCGAACAGAGGCAUUGGACUGGAGAUAAUAAAGACAUUUCUAAACAGAUCCCCGCCACCUGAGAAGCUCUUUGCUACAUGCAGAGACCCGGAUGGACCGCGUUCAGAGGAAUUAAAAAAUUUGGCUUCCAAGCAUAACAAUCUUGUGAUACUUCAACUUGAUGCCACAAACCCGGACAGCAUUAAGAAAGCUGUGAAGAAUGUGGAAGAGCAUCUGGAGGGCUCUGGGUUGAAUCUUUUGCUGAACAAUGCUGGCAUCAUGUCGCACGUCAAUCUUGAUAAUGUGGACUCUGAGGACAUGAUAAAUGUAUUCAAAACUAAUGUAGUUGGUCCCAUGCAAGUGAGCCAGGCAUUUUAUCCUUUGCUGAAAGAAUCAGCAGAUGCUCGUUCACAGGAGCCAUUGAGUUGCAAGAAAGCAGCAGUGGUGAACAUUUCUUCUGUGCUGGGAUCAAUUGAAAUAACUUCUGUUACAUAUGACCCAGCCAAGCAAGUAGUCUCUUACAGAAUCAGUAAGGCUGCGUUGAACAUGUUGACAAAAUGUCAAGCUGAAGGUUACAGAACUGAUGGUAUUCUGUGCACAGCAGUUCACCCAGGAUGGGUUAAAACUGACAUGGGAACAGAAAGAGCAUUGCUCACCACGGAAGAAAGUGCAAAUGGAAUUUUGAAAGUCCUUGGCUCUCUCACUGAGAAAGAAAAUGGGAUUCUAAUGGCAUGGGAUGGAAAGGUCAUCCCUUGGUGAACAGAGCCAUUAUUAAAAUAUUCAACUUUGUUGUAUCUA